AUGGAGGGGAAGAAGGAGAAGGGUCUAGCGCCGAACCCUGCGUUGCCGUACCGGGAGGAUUGCUGGAGCGAAGGGGCGACCUCGAUGCUGAUCGACGCAUGGGGGGAGCGGUUCGUCGAGGUCAACCGGGGAAAUCUCCGCCGGAAGCACUGGCAGGAGGUGGCCGACGUCAUCAACUCUCGCCGCACCGACGUCCCGAGGCCCGCCCGCAGCGACAUCCAGUGCAAGAACAGGAUCGACACCCUCAAGAAGAAGUACAAGAUGGAGAGGAUCCGGAUCAGAAGCGGCGACGGGAAGGCUGCAAGCCUGUGGCCCUUUUACGACCGCCUUGAUUUCCUGAUAGGAGCUUCCUCCCCCCUCUCUCAGAAGGGUUCCCCCAUCUCGCCCCCACUGCCUCACCGGAAGAAACCCUCUGCCCGAACGGCCGCAGCCAAAGCCUGGCCAUCUUCAACGAUAAAGGAAAAGCGACACAACCUGGCGGUUCCUCCAGAGGACUCGUCGUUCUUAAAGCGGAAGUACUCGGCCGUGGCUGCGGCGGCCGCCGCCGCCGCCGCAGCGCACAAGGCUGAGGAGAUGAAUUCCAACAAAUUGAAAUCGAGCCCGGAAAGAUCCUCUGAGAGAGGCUUCCAGGCAAGUGACAACAACGGCGCCGCCGACGAUAUCAUUGGCGAUGUGGGGGGGGUACGCGAACUGGCGCGAGCGGUCCUGCAUUUUGGGGAGAUCUACGAGAGGGUUGAGGCGGCGAAGCAACAGCAGAUGUUAGAGCUGGAGAAGCAGAGGAUGGAGUCCACCAGGAGCCUGGAGACCAAAAUGAUGCAGAUAUUUGUCGACUACCAGAUCCAAUUCGAGAAGCUCAAGCGACAUAAAAGGGCCGCUUUUGGUGAGUUUGAGGCAUCGUCGUCUUCUUUUGAGUUGUUCCAAGAAAGAAUCCUUCCUUUGUUCUGUACUGAUGCAUACACUUAA